CAUCAGUGAUAAAAUCAAUUAAAUUCCUAUCUGGAUGUGGUACACUUUUCGUAUUUGGGUUCAGCUCACCAGAGAGGACGACUUGAAGUUUAGUUUAAGAAUGGCGGAAUUGUGUUUACUUUUAUCCUCUACGAGUCUGCGCCACUAAUCGGCUCGUUAUCCUGAAGUUUAAAAGGACGCAUUUUGUUAUAAGGCUUGACGGACUUAAAAAAUGUUCGCUGCCAUCAAAGAUGCUCUUGGUACAACACGUCUAGAAGGGACUGGACGUGGUGGUGGUGGCUGCAUUAAUGAGGGUGAAGUAUUUAAGACUGACGCUGGAAAGAUCUUUUUAAAAAAAAACUCGAAAAGCAAGGCUCGAGAGAUGUUUGAUGGGGAGUACAAGAGCCUUAAAGCAAUAGUAGCAGCUGGGAUAGUCAAGGCUCCAACACCUCUCUUGGUUGUAGAUAAUCCUGCUGGAGGUGCAGUCCUUGUCAUGGAGUACUUGGAUAUGCAUAGCCUGAAUCGCCACUCAGGGACCUUGGGAAGUCAGUUGGCCAAAUUGCACCUCCUCAAUGUUGAAGUUGGGAAAAAGUGCCAGGCUAAUGAGAGUUAUGUGGGCCAGACAUCAGAAGAGGACAAUCCCACAUACGUGAGCCAGUAUGGUUUUCCAGUGUCCACCUGCUGUGGUUACCUAGCUCAGGACAACAGCUGGUGUGAUGACUGGGUGGAAUUCUACACAAAAAAGCUUCAGCUGCAGUUGUCAUGGAUAGAAAAAGAGUAUGGAGAUCGUGAGGCUAGAGAACUUUGGUCACAUCUACAGUUGAAGAUUCCGCAAUACUUUUCUGGUAUAGAAGUCAAGCCAUCUCUCCUCCAUGGUGACCUGUGGGGCGGUAAUGCUGCAGAAACUGCUGAGUGCCCUGUGAUCUUUGACCCAGCAUCAUUCUAUGGUCACCAUGAAUAUGACUUGGCCAUCUCAGCAAUGUUUGGAGGCUUUAGUCGAAGAUUUUGGGAUGAGUACCAUAGCAUCAUUCCCAAAGCUCCGGGCUGGAAUAAUAGGCACAAACUUUAUAAACUCUUCCAUAAUCUGAAUCACUGGAGUCAGUCUUGGUUUGAACUGUGGACACUGUCAACAUUCCCAGAAGAAAAUUGCCGGUGCAACCUUGUCCUUGGUGGAUCUUCUGUAGCAGUGAAUCACUUUGGGAGUGGAUAUCGAAGUGGCAGUCUGCAGUUGAUGAGAGAUUUGUGCCGCUAGAAAAAACGUCUUUGCUGUGAAGAUUGUGAUAUUUAUGUUAAGAUUUAUUGCUUUAAGAAAAGCUGAUGAAGAUUAGGAGCAACUAAAAUACAUCUGUAAUCUCCCUGUUAGCCGUAACCCCUGGUCCCCAGACCCUGGGUCCAGGCAGGGGAACAAGUUUCCGAGAAUAAAAAUCGGCACAUUUUCUGGAUAAAUUCUGAGAGAAUCUCUCUGUUCUAGGUCUGGUAACAGAUAUUUCCGGAGCUCCAAGAGAUUGUCAUCAUGCUCCAACAUGUCCCCACAUGCCAGGCGCAUGGGUGGCCUAGUUGCCUGGAUCGUUUAGUUCAUAUUCUGCUGCCAUUAUAGUUUUUCCCUUGCUCGCUGCUGUUUUUGCAUACAAUUUGUGUUGUGCAGUACUGUACAUCCCUGUACCAAGACAUAAUCAACCAAGAUAGUUUUAAAACAGUGUUGACAUAAAAAGUGGUUACACUGUACAGUUAUUUAUACUGUACUGUACAUUCAGUAAGUGUGAAAGUACCAUAGGUACAGGAAGAGGGAAACACUGGCUCAUUACCGUAGCUUUCAUCUUUAAUCAAAAGAUUUUCAGGUCAUGAGACCCACUAAUCCCACCACUCCAACAAUGGGUGACCUGACAUUGCAUCAGGUCAGGUCAGUAACAGGAAACUCUCUAAUCCCCAACCCCACCUCCAUUGCAAAUGUUAAGUCAUAAAAAGUGAAUACAGUGGUCCCCCGGUUAAUGAACAAAAUUCGUUCCAGAAGGUCGUUCAUUGAGCAAAAAUUUUGUUAACCAAAUUCAUUGUUUCAAUGGGAUAUUGGGUAAUUGGCUCCAGUUCACCGAAAAGUACAUACAAAGUAAAAAAAA